GCCACACUGGGGGAGGAGCGUCGGCCGGCGGAGCUGUUAUGUCCUGCCGCGCAGUUUGAAUGAAAACUCCCCAAGAUGGCGGCAGCCGGGGCCGAACUACAAAAAGUGUGGUGUGUUCCUUGCCUAGUUUCACUUGAUACUCUUCAGGAAUUUUGUAGACAAGAAAAGCUCACAUGUAAAUCGAUGGGAGUCACCAAAAGGAAUCUAAGCAAUUAUGAGGUGGAAUACUUGUGUGACUACAAGGUAGAAAAGGAUAUGGAAUAUUAUCUUGUAAAAUGGAAAGGAUGGCCAGAUUCUACAAAUACCUGGGAACCUUUGGAAAAUCUCAAGUGUCCAUUACUGCUUCAGCAAUUUUAUAAUGACAAGCAUAAUUAUUCAUCUCAGGUAAAGAAAGGCAAAGCAAUAAUUCCCAAAGACAACAACAAAGCUUUAAAACCUGCUGUUGCUGAAUAUAUCGUGAAGAAAGCUAAACAAAGGCUAGCUCUGCAGAGAUGGCAAGAAGAACUCAACAGAAGAAAGACUCAUAAAGGAAUGAUACUAGUUGAAAAUACGGUUGACUUACAGGGCCCUCCUUUAGACUUCUUCUAUAUAAAUGAAUACAAGCCAGCCCCUGGGAUCAGUUUAGUCAAUGAAGUUACCUUUGGUUGUUCAUGCACAGAUUGCUUCCUUGAGAAAUGCUGUCCUGCUGAAGCUGGAGUUCUUUUUGCUUACAAUAAGAAACAACAAAUUAAAAUCCCACCUGGUACCCCCAUCUAUGAAUGCAACUCAAGGUGCCAAUGUGGACCUGAUUGUCCCAAUAGGAUUGUACAGAAAGGCACACAGUAUUCACUUUGCAUCUUUCGAACUAACAAUGGCCGUGGCUGGGGUGUGAAAACCCUUGUGAAGAUUAAAAGGAUGAGUUUUGUCAUGGAGUAUGUUGGGGAGGUAAUCACAAGUGAAGAAGCUGAAAGACGAGGACAGCUAUAUGACAACAAAGGAAUCACAUAUCUCUUUGACCUGGACUAUGAAUCUGAUGAAUUCACAGUGGAUGCAGCUCGAUAUGGAAAUGUUUCCCAUUUUGUGAAUCACAGUUGUGAUCCAAAUCUUCAGGUGUUCAAUGUUUUCAUCGACAACCUUGAUACUCGUCUUCCCAGAAUUGCAUUAUUUUCCACAAGAACCAUAUAUGCAGGAGAAGAGCUGACUUUUGAUUAUCAAAUGAAGGGUUCUGGAGAUGUAUCCUCAGACUCUCUUGACCACAGCCCUGCCAAAAAGAGGGUCAGAACUGUAUGCAAAUGUGGGGCAGUGACCUGCAGGGGUUACCUCAACUGAGAUUUCAGGAAGUAGAUCUGAUCACUGUAUUUUUUCCUAAUGUUAAUAUUUAAAGCAUUCGAGACUGUUUGAUAUUAUCAAGAUUAUACCUGUUAAUUUAUAGUCUGUGUUUCAAGACAUUUGCCAAAAUUAUUGCUGUUGAUUAUGGAGAGGACUCAGGGUCACACAGACUAAUUUCUAAUGUGAAGUGUACAUAAUUGGUAAUGAGAAAACAAGCUGUUUAUAGAUAAGCAUGAUGCUUGGUUUGUGUGGCCAGGAAAGUGUACCUUUGUAUGUUUAAGGUUCUUAAACUUACAAGGUUACAGUUGCUGAGAUGCAAUAUUCACCCUCAUUUCAGAGAAACAGUUGAUCCUAUUUGUGCAGAUAAACACACUCUAUUUUUAUUACUAUGUUGUUAUUCCUGUUUAAUACUCGCUAAUCUUAUAUUUGAACAAAUAGGUGAUGUUGAAUUUUUACACUAUUUUAUACGUUUUCCUUAAAACAUUGACAUCUCAGUUAUGUACUCAAGGUAUAAAAUUAAAUGUAAAAAUUUAAAUUUAAGUUUGACUUCAGAUUUUGAAGCAAUCUACAUCAUCUGAACCUAUAAUUCUCAAAAUAUAUGUUAAUCCUGUAAGAGUAAAUAAAGUCCCUGAAAAAAAACCCUCUCUGAAAAUGCAGAAUGGCAGGAAACAAAGUUUUAUUCAAUGGACAUGACCUUGGGACCAGGAGGACUUUUCUUGGCAUUAUAGGCAAGAGAAAUAUAAUUCGCAAAAGUGCCACUUAUGAAGAUAACUGUGUUAAGUACCUCUAGUCCAAUAUUGCAGCAAUAUAUUUAGGGAGCCGAUGUACCCAGAGAUGAUGUAAUAGUCACUGACAUGACCUUCUGUGUGAGGUGAUUUCAUGUCCCUUUGCAACCAAUUAUUUGUAUAUUUUCUGCGGAUUCUCCUGAAAAAGUAUUCUGUAUUUGAAUGAGAAGUUUUCAUUGUAAUAAAGCUAAACU